CCCGAGAGUACAAAUACUGCUGCUGUAUUUGUAUUAGUGCACUUGCAACAAAAGACGAGGACAGCCUGUUUCUCUACUCCAUUUCUGACUAACUUUGACCCUGUAUCUAUUUUUAUUGAUUUUUUUCUAAAUGACCACCAAGAUGAAUGGAAAAGCAAAAAAAUAGAGACCAUCCAACCUCAACAAAACAAUAACAAAAAAAAAAUCCACCAGUAAAGAAAUCGGGAUCUUAAUACACUCAAGUUUGUCGGGGUGAGAGAACAAAGCCCCUGGGGUGACAGUCAUCAUGGGUGAGGUGGUUGUAGGUGAAACCCCUGUAGAGAUAAUAUUGGGUGACAUCACUGCUGAAACUACUGAUGCUAUUGUCAUCCCAAACAAUGCAACCCUAAACCAAGACUAUGGUGUAUCCAAACAUAUUCUCGCUUCAGCAGGAACUGCGGUAAAGGAAGAAUGUGCACGUUUAUGUAAACUCCCCAAUGACGGCUGUGUGGUGACUGGUGCUGGAAAUCUGAAAAGUAAAAUAAUAAUUCACUUGAUAGAUGUAAAGCCAGAACACAUUACGCCAUAUCUGAAAAAAUCGUUUAAAGCCUGUGAACAACGUCACUUCCAUUCCAUUUCUAUUCCAGCUAUUGGAACAGGUUCAGGAAAUCUAGAUCCCCAGAACUCCAUCAAAGCCAUUUUGAGAGCGAUUGAAGAACAUCUUAUUAAUCCUGAUGACCAAGUUGAGAGCACCACAGUUAGCUCCGUUUCCAGGAUCCGCAUUGUUGUCUUUGACUUGGCUGUGUAUCAGGAAUACCUUAAGUUUUAUCAGACUUACAAGAUCAACUACUCUCACUUCACUGCCUUUGGGAAAACAAUAGAACUAGUUAAAGGUGACAUCACUGAUCAACCUGUGGAUUGUAUCGUGAACCUCGCAAACCGGACCCUGGAUCAGAAAAUUGGUGUUUCUAAAGCAAUACUGGCUGCUGCUGGGAAGGUAGUUGAGGAAGAAUGCAAGCGUAUUGGUAAACUGAGAGGAAGUGAAGUUGCCAUAACUAGUGGGGGAAACACCAAAUCUAAACAUAUCAUGCACAUUAUUGGACCUGGCGCUAUUCCUGCAUUUGAACCAUCAGUGGAUAGAAUUCUGAAAGCAUGUCAUCUGAGGCAGUUCAAAAGUGUUGCAAUUGUAGCAAUCGGAACAGGCAUAAAUAAGAUUGAUCCAGAAGAAUCGAUUAAGGCCAUUCUGAAUAGUACAGUGAAACACUUAUCAGAGAUAGCACUCCCUACUCUGGAAAUAAUCUCUAUUGUUGUUAUUCAAGAGGAAGUUUACAGACCCUACCUGAAGGUUUUUCUUCAGCACUGCACUGAAAUGCAGGAGUGGAAACGAGAAGAACAUAUUCUAAGGGCAAUUAACGCAAAAGUGAUAAUUCCCUAUCCAAAAACCUGGACAAACUCUGGGAAAACAGAAUAUGAGGAAAUAAUUCUGGACAAAUCAUCUGCAGAAUUUAAAGAAGUAGAAAAAAAAUUUCUGCAAACCUCAGGACGUUUAUUAAGGGUCGUUCAGGUAGCCAGAAUUCAGAACAAGAAACUGUGGCAGAGUUUCUCACUAAACAAGCAGACGGUGGACCAAAACAAUCCUGGAGUGGAUAAUGUAAAGCACCUAUACCAUGGUACAGCUUUUGAAAACAUCCACAAUAUUACCCAUGGAGGUUUCAACCGGAUUUAUUGUGGUAAAAAUGGUACAUACAAUGGACUUGGGACAUAUUUUGCUGUUAGGUCUGAUUAUUCUUGCCAUGACAAAUAUUCAGCUCCAGACCUAGAUGGAUGCAAGCGUGUCUUCCAGACUGCAGUAAUUACAGGAAAAUAUUGUAAAGGAGACAAGUCCCUCCGGGAGCCACCAUAUGUCAAUGAGCAGACCAAAGACCGACGCUAUGAUUCUGUUGUGGACAACAUGCAAAAAAUAACCUAUUUUGUUGUAUUUCACGAUGACCAUGCAUAUCCAGAAUACCUGAUCACUUUCAAACCCUGAGCACUGUAGAUUAUGAAGUGCCUACAGGGCUUACUUUUACCUAGUCAAAAAUACAACAUUGAACAGAAUUCAAAGUUAAUCUAUAAAAGAUGAAGGCAGAGAUCUCAUAAGUAGAAAUACUGUAUUACUUUCUGAUAUUGUUUUUUAAUAGUUUAACAUGUAUUGUACUAAAAUAAUGGACUCCAGAUUAUUUAAACAGAAACUUUAGACUGGAGGGGUUUACAGUGAAUUAGCAGAUUUUGAAGUAGAAUCACUGCCUAUGCAACCUGUAAGCUAUGAACACCUCAGGUGAAAUGACCCAUCUACAAGGGCUAAUACAAUUAUAAAUAAAUGAAUAAAUACAAAUAAAAAGUAUUUAAAGAUUUUAAUAGAUUAUAGUUUUUAAACCACAGGAAUGGACUGAGGUAAAGGCUGCUGCGUCUGAUAGCGGAAAAUGCGGUAACCAUUAUAUGAUCCCCAUGGUAAUUGCUCAUGUUACUCUAUUAAACCCUAGGCUUUUCCUUUUUU